AACCGUCAUAUAAAAUCCACAAAAGAAGAAGCUACUAUCUCGUCCUCUACAGUUUAUAUCUUGAAGCGGUCAACAAUGGUAACGUUACAACUAGUGGGGUCUCUCCGAAAAGAGCUCGCUGACUCCUUAUCCACUUGCCGGGUGCUGGUGGUCGGAGCUGGAGGAAUUGGCUGUGAGCUCUUGAAAAAUGUUGUUCUCACCGGUUUCAAAAAUAUAGAAGUGAUUGAUCUGGACAUUAUUGAUGUGAGCAACCUGAACAGACAGUUCCUGUUCCAGAAGAAACAUGUGGGAAAGUCCAAGGCUCAGGUGGCCAAAGAGACUGUGCUGCAAUUCUGUCCUACUGCCAAUAUCACGGCCUACCAUGACAGCAUCAUGAAUCCAGAUUACAAUGUGGAAUUCUUCAGGAACUUCAUGCUUGUAAUGAAUGCCUUGGACAAUCGAGUGGCUCGUAACCAUGUGAACAGGAUGUGUCUUGCAGCUGACAUUCCCCUUAUUGAGAGUGGCACAGCUGGCUACCUUGGGCAGGUGACCGUUAUUAAGAAGGGUCUUACUGAGUGCUAUGAGUGCCAGCCCAAACCCACACAGAAAACAUUCCCUGGCUGCACCAUUCGCAACACCCCAUCUGAGCCCAUACAUUGCAUUGUGUGGGCCAAGUACCUUUUCAACCAGCUUUUUGGAGAGGAAGAUGCAGAUCAAGAGGUGUCCCCUGACACAGCUGACCCAGAGCUUUCAUGGAACCCUGCAGACACUGAAGCCCGAGCCACAGCAUCUGACCAGGAUGGAGACAUCAAACGUGUGUCCACUAAGGACUGGGCACGUUCCACUGGCUACGACCCAGUCAAACUCUUCAAUAAGCUUUUUAAAGAUGACAUCCAGUACCUCCUGACCAUGGACAAGCUGUGGAAGAAGAGGAAAGCCCCACUGCCUCUGGAUUGGCUUGAGCAUCAGAAACUUACGUGUCCCCAGGGGGUGACUGGGACGGGAUUGAAGGACCAGCAGGUGUUGGGUGUGGCAGGCUACUGCCAGCUCUUCUCCCGCAGUGUGGAAACCCUGCACUUCAUGCUGGUUGACAAAGGGGAUGGAGCAGAGCUUGUGUGGGACAAGGAUGACCCUCCAGCGAUGGACUUUGUGACAGCAGCCGCCAACCUGCGCAUGUAUAUUUUCAGCAUGAAUAUGAAGAGCCGUUUUGACAUCAAGUCCAUGGCAGGGAACAUCAUCCCAGCGAUUGCCACAACCAAUGCAGUCAUUGCUGGCCUCAUAGUGCUGGAGGCACUGAAGAUUCUUUCGGGAGAUGUGAAGCAGUGUCGCACGAUCUUCCUGAACAAGCAGCCCAACCCCAGGAAAAAGUUGCUGGUUCCGUGUGCUUUGGACCCACCCAGUGCCAACUGUUAUGUGUGCGCCAGCAAGCCAGAAGUCACAGUCAAACUGAAUGUGCACAAAACUCUUGUGCUGGCCCUACAAGACAAGAUAUUAAAGGAGAAGUUUGGGAUGGUGGCGCCAGAUGUGCAGAUCGAGGAUGGGAAAGGGACAAUCCUUAUCUCCUCUGAGGAGGGUGAAACCGAAGCAAACAACUGCAAGUUCCUGUCUGACUUUGCGAUUCGAAAUGGCAGCCGUCUGCAAGUGGAUGACUUUCUGCAGGAUUACACACUCCUGGUUAAUGUGAUUCACUGUGAAAACUUGGAGAAGGAUGUGGAAUUUGAGGUGGUGGGUGAUGCACCUGACAAGGCCCCAACCAGGUCACAAGAAGAGGGAAAGAACGUUGCCAAUGGCAACAAAGAUUCUUCAGAACCGUCCACCUCUUCCGAAGCUCCUGCUGAACAGAAUGACAUUCUGCUAGUUGAUUCAGACGAGGAGGCGCCGUCCUCCAGCACUAUGGCUGUCAGCAUGGAGUCAGGAGGCCACAAGAGGAAGCUCCAUGAUGCUGAGACAGGCGAGGCCUCAGCUAAGCGCCAACACCUGAGUCAACCCUCAGCUGAUGAUGAUAAUGACAUCAUUGCGCUGGACUAGCAUGUCUCUCAACCCCCACCCCCCCCCUGUUAGAAGAAGGGAACUAUUUUCAUGCGCCAUUCCUCUUACCAAACAUUUGUAAAUAAUUAUGUACAAAACUUACGUUUUCUGGUUAUUUGGGGUCAACAGAGUACUGUUUACAGUGGACAUUUUGAUACAUUGCAUCUAUUUGUGAUAAAAUAUUUAAGAUUUUUUUAAAAUAAUAAUGUAUUUGUUUUGUCACAAGUCGGGUGUGUUAUUUUGGGGAGAUUGAAAGAAACAUUUUAAAAGGUGCUACAGCUAGAAUUUCUCCCCUAUGUGGAAGCAGGUGAAUUGCAACUGCAAUAGGCAUUCAAAGCAAAUCUCCCCCUCCCAUUCAUCCCAUUUCCCCGUAGAAUUAGUAACGUGCUUUUUAUUUUUUUCACCUUUAUUUAACAAGGUAGGCUAGUUGAGGACAAGUUCUCAUUUACAACUGCAACCUGGCCAAGAUAAAGCAAAGCAGUUUGACACCUACAACAACAGUUACAAAUGGAAUCAACAAACAUACACAGUGUGUGCAAAUAAGGGAGGUAAGGCAAUAAAUAGGCCAUGUUGGCAAAGUAAUUACAAUAUAGCAAUUAAACACUGGAGUGAUAGAUGUGCAAGUAGAGAUACUGGGGUACAAAGGAGCAAGAUAAAUAAAUACGGUUUGGCGAUGAGGUAGUUGGCUGGGCUAUUUACAGGUGCAGUGAGCUGGUAAGAGAUAUGAGUCUCCAGCUUCAUCUUUUUUUUUUUCUUCUUUCUUUCAGUUCUAUUACAAUAUAUAUAUUUUUGGAUGGUACAAUGCUUCCCAACACUAUUCUGUUUUCUCACAUAAACUGAAAUUGAGCGAACCAUGUAGAAUAUUUGCAAAUAGGAAAAGUGAUUUCUACAUUGGCCAAUUGACCCAUCCUAGAUAACACAGCCAAAGUCAAAUUAGCUUUCCCAUUCUGACAACAGAUACUGCUCUGGUGGGAGAAAUCAAUAGGCGAAUAUCACUGCCAAUCACAACACUGGCAAGUAAGUAAUAUUGUGAAACACUAUCAUUCCACUAUUACUGCAGAUAGUUAGUCGGAAGUUUACAUA